AUGCCUUCCAACUCGAGCGACGAGUUCAAGGACAACGACAGUCGUGAAGACUAUCGGACUCAACCGACUGUCGGAGAGGAGGAGUCCCGCUUGCCGGCUGGAACCCUCACCGACGAUGAGCGCCUCCGUAUGCUCGGAUACGACGUGUCGCUCGGCCGGCCUCUCGGCUUCUGGUCGAGUGCAGGCUUGAACGUGUGCCACUCCUCGGCCAUCUUCGACUUCAUCGGAUACCAGGCCAUGUACGCUUACGAUGGCCCACUAUUGUUUAUUAUCGGAUACCCGUUCCUCGCGUUCUUCCACCUUUGCCUCAUCGGACCGUUUUCUGAACUGGUCUCCGCCUUCCCCGUGGCUGGAGGUAUGGCGACAUGGGCGUGGCAGCUUGCUCGCAACGGUGUCGGCGGAGAGCGCCAGUGGGCAUGGGUUGUUGCUGGUUUCACCCUCGCCAUGCACUUGGGCAAGACAAUCAGCUACAUGUACGCCGUGACUAUCAGCCUCAAGUCCAUCUACACGUCCAUGGCUUUCCCGGAUUCCAAUCAAUUAACUGGCGAAGCUGCGCACCCCAAGGAAUGGUGGGAGCCCGUCUUCUACCUCUCACUUGUUUCCUUCGUGGCCAUCUUGACUAUGACUCGUAUCGCGCGGACGAGCACCUUUUGGAUCGCAGCCGGCAUUUUCAACGUCAUCGUCAUCAUCCUAACGUAUAGUAUGCUCAUCACAUGCGCUGUCAAGAUUCCGACCAGUCCCCAAGCGAAACUCAUGGACAUUCUGGGCGGGAACCCGCCCCAGAACUGGGGCUUUCCGAACCGAAAGAAGUGGAUCUAUCCUCUGUCGCGCAUGAUCUUCAUGGGCCUUCCCCUUAGAGUCACUGCGAUUGAUGCUCCUAUUCACAUGGCUGAGGAGACCCAGAACCCAUCACGCACGGUGCCGCGUGUCUUGUGGACAACCUGUAUCUAUCACUACAUCAACGUCUACAUCUUGGUCAUCCUGUACAUCGUGUUCCUUAUUCCGGUCACGAACGGGUUGUACGCUACGUUUCCAGUUGUUCCUUUGGGAGGGAUCAUGGACAUUGGCAAAUCUGGUAUUUUGGCAUUUGCCAUCCUCGCCACUUUGUGUACCACGACGCAGGUCCUGGCAUCGACGCUCAUCACGUCCCGCUUCAUCUUCGCUCUGGCACGUGACAAGGGCAUUCCUUUCUCCAAGUUCCUCGCGAGAACCGACAAGCACAAAGAGCCGUGGGUGGCCAUGACUGCCCUUCUACUGGCCAUGUUCCUGGCCACUACUGGAUGGCUCGUCAACCAUCAGAACUGGUUUUCUCUUCUCCAAGCGUUCCAGUUCUACCUCAUCAACAUCCCUUACGGACUUCCCUUGGUCCUCUACCUGUUAUGUCGCCUCGACCUUCGUUACGUUGGUCGUUCCGACUUUUCGUUGGGCAGGCUCAGCAAGCCUUGCACUUGCAUCACCAUUGCCUGGCUGUCUCUCUCUUUGAUCCAGGGUUGCCUGUCAUUGACAGUAUUCAAUGGGAAAACCAUAGGCGCGGAGGCCAAGGAUGGCCAAAAGGCAAGCGAGAUCAUCAGCUUCCUGCCAAUGGUGAUCGCUGGUCUGCUUCUUAUUUUCCUCGCGUCGUGGUUCCUAUAUGGUCGCCGCCACUUUGUCGGGCCAAUCCGCGCCCUCACUAUCUGGACGACAGGUCAAGACAUCGAUCCAAGAAACGUCAGCACUACUAACCCACGAGGCCGGGCCAUUAGGCAGUACAUCGACAAGAAGACUGGACGUACAUCAUCCAACGAGGGCUCGAAUCCAGCAACACCAGUGCGGCCAACCUUUAGUGGACCGCGGACCGCUACGCUGCCCUCAAGUCCGGCCAAGUCGCCGACCCUGCAGCGUCUCCUUGGUCGUGGUACGAACAGUCCUUCGAAUGGAAGCCCCGGCCCCUCCACAGACUGGAACACGUCCACAUCGCCGUAUGGCGGCCCCGCAGUCUCUGUCUUGCCCGAGAGCGGAGUGCUGCCUCACGAGAGGACGGCCAACUAUGACAUGACUCGGGGAGGAGUCUCCGUUAUCCCGGAGAGUGGCGUUUUCCCAGAGAGUGUGGUCGAUGAUCGCUCGAUGAUGAGUGCAGCGCAGGCCGAGUCCCAGUUCCUCCCAGAGCCCCAGGCAGCAGUGUCGCGCGCCCGCCGCGGCAUCUCCUUCCGGCCAUCAACGAUCAAGAUCGGCAACCAGUCGUACCCCCUCACGCAGCUCACGCCGCCCCCGCGCUCACCGCCCACUCAAACCCCACUCUCGCCCCCACCGCGUGGCCGCAACAGCCUCCAAUACGCAUCCGCUCUGCCGACACAGAUUGAGGCCGCAAUGGAAGAGUCACAGCUCGAGCCUGAACCUCACUCUGGGCUAUCGUUUGGCGCAAUGCCGGCGCUCGAAGAGUCACAGAUCCACCCGGGCGGGUCACGCGACAGCUUUGGCGUCGGGGACACGCUCGAGUCCCGCUCAGGCGGCAACGUCGUGAGCAUCCCCUCCGAGGAGGAGAGCUUUAUCGAGCCGGCGGCUCUUGCCGAGUCGCAGCUCCAUCCGAGUCAGUGA